GACCAACUGCUACUGUCAUCCUUGUGAUUCCUGUUGUCAUCAACCUUAUCCUUCUUUCUCGGCGCAAUUGCCUACUACGAGAACCUGUACACAGGGACCUUCAUCAUGCUAAUCCCAUUAGCCUUCCUACGCAGAACCAAAAGUUUCCGCCCUCUCGCUACCUCAUCCGCACCCGGGCCGCGCGAGCACAAGAAGGUACUGGUAACCGGGUCCUUACAGGCAGUCCUGUGGCGCUGUGCGAUUCACCUCCUUCCGAUCAUUAUGUCGGUAACCAUCGUCACAAUAAAUCUGAAUGGAAGAUAUAUUGGCGCGGAUUUGAUGUCUCCGGUCAAGUCCGAGACCAUCAAUCUGCUAUUGUUGCAGUUGAUUGCCAAGAGCCAUGAGAUUAUGAUUGUGGCUUCCCUGAGCGUGAUGGUUAUGGAUUUUGUACGACAUGAACUGAUGUUCGGCGGCGGUGUGCCUUUGGGUCUCAUCGGUGCGGGUAUCAAUUUCAACAGGUUCGACUUUUUUCUUCGGAAAGAGUUUUAUGGCUCGCUGGGGUACGCAGGCGCUCACGAUAGCAAGCUCCGCAAGUUUCUUUUUGUUGGCCUGGUGGUAGUGGCAGGACUGGUAGCUUUCUUAGCUGGUCCAGCGAGUGCUGUUUUUCUUGUUCCCAAGUCCCAGGGCUGGCGGGUCGGGAGCAAGACUUUCUCAAUAGUUGGCGAAGAAUCUCAGUUUUGGCCCGAUGACCUAUCGGGUAAUAUGUCGGAACUACAUCGGUUGUGUGGAAACGGAAGUUCGAGCACUAUCGCUUUCUGUCCUGCUGGUGGUUAUCACUCCCUGUGGACAUAUUGGGGAACUAAGGACCGUACCAGCUUUCAGAAUGCUCCUUCCUAUGCCAAGAAAUUAUCUGGUUCUCGUUUCUACUGGCCAAUAUCAAGCCCUUCGUCGCUUAUCCCUCCACUCUACGCUCUCGGGGACACUAGAAAUGGAACAAAUGGGAACACAUUCCUAGUGCAAGCCCACGCUGCUGUAACAACAGCUCUACAACGACUUGCAGACAACUGGUGGAAUGCCUUUCUAGCAAGCGCUGACCUACCACCCAGCCAGGUAGAUGACCGUAUCGUAUCCGCAGAGGUACGUAGCGCCAUUGUUCGUCUCCGCUGCUCGGACCCACAGCUCCUGCGGACCCUGGACCAAAUUGUGACUUUCCCAUCGAUACCUCGUGAAUCCGAGUUUGGUCAGAGUUUCCCCCUCAAGAUCGACGGUCUUCAUACCAACCCUUCAGAUCAUCUACGCUUUUCUUGGGUUCGUCUUCCAUCGGGCUUUGGCCCAGUUAGCAUCGGGGGUCUUUUUGAGUCAGCGUGGGGUAGGAAUGGCACGGAGAAGACUUCGAGUUCAGCGAGAAUUGUUGUCGGUUGUUCUGUUCAGGCUGGAUGGGUACCUAGUACUCUUUUCACCGACAAGUACAGUUUCUGGACUGGCUGGUAUCCAUGGAACAUCAAGUUCAACAGCCGCACCCCCUCUUGGCAUCCCGAAUCUAACGGCUCUACAAAUGGCCGAGUAUCGUUUGGAGUUGAUUGGCUCGACCUAUUGACUCCGGAAGCGCCUGUCAGAGGCUCCAAUACCUGGCGACCCUCAACCAUAGAGAGCAUCUUUUCCAACACUGCUUUACUCAGGAACACCCAAAGCGACAACACAACAAGAGUGACGUCGCUGGAAGGUUGGAUUGACGAUAGUGAUCUCGGUCAGAAAAAGGUAGCGAUAAUUGAAGCCAUCAUCGGUAGCGUGGUGGUGGACGGCCUUAGCAGAACAGGCAGCUAUCAACUGUUCACUCCUUCCGACCCAUCCUGUAACGGAACUGUCGCGAACUCUGGCCACUUGCCUGAGUUCGAAUUCCAGAUACCGACACGCCAACAAACUUCCAGUAAUGCUUCAUGUCCCAGUCCACAUGAAGUCACAACAAUAAAGGCCGAUAUGAAAAUUAGCGGCUUCUCUCUUCAAAGCUCACUUGCCUCUUACCUAGCCUUGCCAAUCCUCUUAAUGCACAUCAUGUUAACAGUCAUCCACAUUGUUCUCGUCAUCUAUCGAAAGCACACGUCAGGCAGUUGGACCUCUCUCGGAGAGAUAAUUGCGCUUGCCCAGAACUCCCAGCCUGCGCCCAUAGCCUUGGAGAACACGGGUGCAGGCAUCAGAUCAGCGAAGACUUAUGCUCGGGUGGCGAAGGUGCGGAUACGGAAAGCUGCACCCAUGGACCGCGGACAUGUUGAGCUGUUAUUCGACGAUCUUGUCCAAGGAAUUGACCAGCCUAAUUCCACCGAGCAAGAAUUAAUUGGGCUUCAAACCCCAAUCUUGCGCCAUCCUGCUACAUGGCCAGGCUAUCCAGCUAGGACACCAACUCCAGGAAAUGGCUCGAUGUAUGGGCUGAACCCGGAGUGA